AUCCUAGGACCUAUUCAUGGUGGCUCUUUAUUGUAUCUGGUUCGCCGUCGAGACUACACGAUUGUCAAUCAUUGUGAUAUUUUGACGCAUGAACCCGCGACGUGCUGGGACCUAGGCGCAAAUGGUAAUCAUUGUCAUAUCGGAAUGUUAAUACGAUGCGAAUUCGAAGUUAUAAUUGUCAUCACGAUGAUAUCGAUAGCUUAAAUGGCAGACCAGUGCCAUUACGAGUCUGCCGCACCCUGACAGGUACUCUUCUUCCCAGAUCCACUGGCAGUUGUCCUUCCCAGUCUUCCGACUGCGCCGUAAUCAUCAGUAUACGGUCAUCAUGUCACAAGAUACUGACAAUCAAAUUUUGGGCGUCGUGUUACUCGUUCGUCACGGUGAUCGACAAGGACUUUAUCAAAACCCUGAUACCUAUACCGCAACUGGUACGGUGAUCACUCCCCUGGGCAAUCAAGAAGAGUUCAUGCUCGGUAGUUACCUACGUUCAUUAUACUUGAAUCAGUCAUCACCUUCGUACCUCCCUGGUAUGAGCACAGGGCUAUUCAACCCGGCCCAGGUGUUCAUUCAAGCAGACGCUGGAGACGAAGGUGGAGUCAUAUAUGAUUCUUGUGUGUCAUUAACGCAGGGACUUUGGCCUGCCACACUCUCAAACAAUGUCACUCUUGCCAAUGGGACAACGAUCACAGCUCCCCUCGGAGGGUAUCAGUAUGUGCCUAUCGACGCUGUUGAUCCUAAUUUGAGUACACAAUUGGAAGGUUUCACUAAUUGCAAUACAUUCGACACGCAUACGACAGACUUUUACCAAUCAUCCGUCUUUCAAGAGAUGGCUGCACAAAGCGCACCUUUCUUGGACUCUUUGCCUCCUUAUCUGAAUGGAAGAUCAGUACAACUGGAGAAUAUGUGGAAUAUCUUCGACUUUAUGAAUGUGAAUAAUAUCCAUAAUGCCACCUUUGCCGAGGCUCUCCCACCCACAUACAUGGCGCAAGUACAAGCUUUGGCUAAUUGGCAUGAGUACAACGUCUUUAGCGAUCGGUCCAUUGGAGGCAUCGGGAACAUUGCCGGUACGGCUAUUCUGCCAUCGAUUCUCAGUGGAUUUGCAAACAUCAUGAAAUCUACAAAUCCUGUGCCGUUAUCGAUUACCGCCAUUUCAUACAAACCUUUCAUCUCCCUCUUUAAUAUGACAGGCGUUGCUAGUGCAAACCCGAGUCUUGCAGGCAUUGUCAACUACGCUUCCGCCGUUGCCUUGGAGCUGCGUCAACCUUCCGGGGGUGGUGAACCUGUCAUCCGUUUCAACUUUAAGAACGGAACCAGUGAUGCAACCUUCGUGACAUACGACUUCCUCAACAUCACAGGAGAUGUCCCGUUAUCUGCUUUCAUUGAUGCUAUGGCUCCUGUCGCGGUGAACACCACCGCAAAUUGGUGCAGUGUUUGUGCCAACACUCAAGACAUGCCUUGCUCUGCUCUUGCUCUUGCGACAGCUCAAGGAGAAGCAGCUGCUCGACCCAAAAUCAGUUCAGCUGGAGCCGGCGUCCUUGGCGCGGGUUUAACUCUUGCAGUUGUUAUAUUGAUGGGUAUCACCCUGGCUUUCCUCGGAUUGAUGACGAUUGUUCAUACUCAAAGACACCUCAAGUAUGUGAUUCGGGCAUGCGAAGAUGAAGACGCUGAGGAAUGUAAGAAGAAGCCAAGAAACAAUGCAGCUAUAGGUCGUAAAGGUGUUGUAUAA